CCAGAUUGGCAGUCGAUCGAGUGGAUGGGCUAUAUUUAGCUGAUUGCAUUAACAGCUCAGGUUUGAGCCUGCUGCUACAGUGAGCCAAGCGCCGCGACGCACGCCAAAGUGUACAGAAGCGCAUUUCCAGUACAACCUCGUUUUCGGCCGCAUUUGGACAUCAGCGAGCAGGCGAGCGGCCGGCUGGCUAGCUAACGUCACGGCUAGCUAACACCACGGCUAACUAACACAGACAGCACCUCUGUCCUCCGAGCUUUUCUGAAACCUUCGCGGGACGAUUCGCCAGAGAGUGAGACAGCGAACGACUGGGAGAGAGGCCACAGAGGAGCCAUGUCUUCAGACGAAGGCAGGGCAAAGGAGAUUCUGAAGGGUUUCAAACUCCCACACGCCAGCUGAGCAGAUGCUUUUGUGUGUGUGUGUCAAAGCCAGCCGGUGUGGAACCGCUUGUUUGUUGGUGGUAAGGGUCCGCGAAGGGCCCAGCAGCUGCGGUGCAGGUCUGCUGCCCCUGACACCAAGUGCCGUCUGAAGGUGACAGGACGCUCAAGUGGCUGAGGAGGGUCUGGCACAUCAGAAAUGGUGGCCAGCUUGAGCGCUUAACUUUCUGCUGUCAGAAACUGGAUGAACCUCCGGGAUGCCGAGACGGGUAAGGUUCUGUGGCAGGGAACCGAGGACCUGUCCAUUCCCGGCGUGGAACACGAAGCUCGCGUCCCCAAAAAGAUCCUCAAGUGCAAAGCGGUUUCCCGAGAGCUCAACUUUUCUUCCUCGGAGAAGCUGGAGAAGUUCCGUCUGGAGCAGAAGGUGUUCUUCAAGGGGCAGUGUCUAGAAGAGUGGUUCUUUGAGUUUGGCUUCGUCAUCCCCAACUCGACCAACACGUGGCAGUCUCUGAUAGAAGCGGCGCCCGAGUCGCAGAUGAUGCCGGCCAACGUCUUAACCGGCAACGUGAUCAUUGAGACCAAGUUCUUCGACAACGACCUGCACGUGAGCACGUCGCGGGUACGCCUCUUCUACGUCUGACGUCCUCCACAGUCCCGCCAUCGUCGUCUCGUCCCGCCCCACCGCCAAGGAAGAAGGCCACACGCUCUGCGACGGGGACCCGACCGGCACCGGGGGAGCGCAAGCGGCGUCUGUUUGUGACCGCAACUACACAAGCACUGAUCCCAAGUCAGCCAGCCGCUCGCUCCUCUGGUGCGUUGAACCAACAAACGAAGCUUUCUGUGUUUGCUCGCAUUCACUCAGGAACAAAAAUGCUUUCACAAACUCUCUCGGAGCUCGUCCCGCAUCUUGUAGAUCAGCGCACCUGCUGGGGCAGCUCUGUGAUUUGUUUCCUUUUGGAAAAGACAAGACACCAUGCAAACAUCGUGCACGGGGGCGUAGAAUGCACAGCCCGCGUAUAGUUUGCUAGAGUUCCAGCUCCCGACCCAACACCAACCCCCCACCCCCCCGCUCCUCAGAUUAGUAAAUGAAAAUGCUUGUUUGUGUUUGUUUAAUUGAACCUUUAAUUUUUAAAAGUACAACUGGCUGACUGAUAAUAUUCAAUCAUCCCAUGUACUGUUUGUCCAAAAACAAGUAGAAAGGAGUGUAAAUAUUCAUUUUUUUAAAUGCAUUUUACUCUAUUUUUUCCCCAAUUGUAAGCAAUAAGAUAAGAAGAAACGGAAGGACCCCUUAAACCCCCCGCUUAUUUGCAGUAGAGGUGUCCUUUUUACUUGCAAAUUUGGCUAUUUACUGAUUUAUUUUUUUUAGGGUGAGAGUAGGCACAUUAUUUCCAGUUAUAAAUGGAAAACACCUGGCUUCAAAUUAUUAUCCACCCAAUACUGUAUUUGUUCAUGUUUAUUUAUUAGGAACCUUAGGAGAUCUUUUGAUGAGACCCAUGUGUCUUUCUAGAGCCCUAAAAUUUGCCCACACCUGAUGAAGAAAACAAAAUAUUUUUAGGAGACUUGUGAUGUGGCCUUGAGGUUUAGGGCCAAUCCAAUGUAAACUGACCUUUUUUGUCAGCCAGGUGUGGGUUUGAAUUUGUGUUCUCUCGUCAUAUGACACAUCCAUAUGACCGGGACUGGAUCGCCAUGUUCCAUAGUGUUGUUAUGCUCCAUUCCCAGCCAGUCAUUGUUUGUUCUUUUGUUUUGUUUUUCCUUAGCUGCUACGUCAUCCAUGUAAUAUAGACUUCUUUUAAUAAGACUGAAUUUGUGGAUUAAAACCAUCUUGUUGUAA